UUUUGCCUUAAAUCAACACAGGAAGCUCCUGACACCCGUCCUCCAUGUCUGCACCCGCUCGGUGUAGAGGUACAGCUCUGCCAUGCGCUUCCUUCUCCGCAUCAUCAUUGUAGCCACCCUGGGCAUCACCAUCCUUGUGACCUGGAGGCUUCUCUGGACCCCAGGAGGUGACAUGGCCCCCAAGGCGGAGGAGGAUUUCACUCUGACACUGGACACCUUCCUCCAUGUUCAGCAGCUCAGGAAGAAAAGCCUGAGAGCUUUCUGCAGCCGGUCAGGCAAAGCCACCAUGCUCCAGACAAGCCGUGAGGAGAGAGCUCAUCUGCUCUCCAGGGUGAAGGUGAGCACCAAGCUGAACUUCCUCUACUGCCAGGUGCCAGCAACAGGGGUGGAGGGAUGGCAGCAGCUGCUGGAAGAGCUGGAAGAGAAAGAAAAUGGGACGCUCCCAGCACCGCUUCCCUACCCUCAGCAGCACACUCUGCAGACAGAGCUGGGCAGGCUCAACCUGAGCACAAUAGAAGCUGUGAUAGGGUCCUACACCAAAGUGCUCUUUGUCAGGGAUCCUUUCCAGAGGCUGGUCGCUGCUUACCUGCAAAGCAUGCACAGAAGCUCUUCCUUUAACAAUUUUGUCCAGGAGGCUUUAGACACGGGGAUGCAAAAUGCCGGCACAGCCUGGAAACCACUCGUCAGCCUGUGCCUGCCCUGCCUCAUUCAGUACGACUAUGUGCUGAUGUUUGGCUUCCUUAGGCAGGAGCUGGGCCACCUGCUGCAGUGCACCAGGCUGAAGGCCAACACCCACCUCCUCGAGCUCACCGAUCAACACGUGCUGUGGACUUACAGCUGGCUGUCCAAGAAGCUGCUCAGCGAGCUGUCCCUCCAGCAGAAGCAGCAGCUGGCUCAUUUCUUCCGCUGGGACCUUUCUGCUUUCCCAUUUUCUCAUAGCUUGCUGUCGGACCAUCUCAGCACUCCAGAAAGCUUGUAGGAAUGCUCCAUCUGGAGGGAACAUUUCAGAGAGCAUUAAUUCAAGUGCUGUGAACUAGAUGAACUCUUGAAGACCCUUGCUCCAUGCUGUGUGAUUGUCCAUGCCACAGCUCCAACUGAAAGGGAAGAUAAUUGAGAUUGACCAUUGCUGGGGACAAGGUGUCAAGGCCCUUUACACUGCUGAGUUGCAUUACAAAAUGCAGGACCAAGCCCUGGAGAAACACACGGCUUCGGGAUGGCACUGGAGCAUAGAAAACUGCACAUCUACUGUGGUGGAUUGAAUAGCUUUCAACAAACCCAGCAUUUGGGGGCAUCCUCAUGGGCGCUGAAUGCACUCCUAUUUGUAGUCUGGGCACUCUCUUCCUUUUGGGCCAAGAGCAUUGGCAAUGGCUUCUUUGUGACGAGCCUGCUCACACAAAUGAAAACUCCUAAAGCAGCACGGCCAGCAUCUGCCUACUCUACGCAAACCGGUGAGAUGGCACUGUGUCAGACCUCCUAGGGAACUGCUGAUGGUGUUCCCAACCCUGCUGUGCUGUGAGAAGGCCAGGCCUGCCCCAAGAUUCAAUCACACUGCAGGGCAGCCCCGAGCAGCCAUUGUCUUCUUCAGACUCAAUCACAGUGCUGGUCCAUCCUCACCAGCCAACAUCCUUUCACCUUUCCACAAAUUCCCAGACAUAUAUAAUUCCCUUACUUUCAACAAAACUAAGCGUUGCCUUGAAAAGGUAGCAAGGCCAUAACAUUAAAGCCAGAGACUGAACCUAGGGAGCACCCAGAGCCAACCCAUCCCUCAACUUUGCCCUUGUCCUGUCCCUCACCCAAGCGGGUAUAAAUCACCUCAGGAAUAACAAUCAGUAACAUUUCAUUCCUCCCAGGUCCUUUCUCUGAUGUCCUCUGGUGUUCAAAAGAUGAGAGAAAGACAUGAAGGAAAUAAGCUGAAUGUGUCGAAUGAAUCAGUCUUUUGUUAGAAACCUUAGCACCUCUAGUUUACAUCUUUAAUCAGAGAAGACAAGAUAGCACAUCAACUAAAAUUCCAUCAAGUUCCCAGCAUAGCCCUAGGAUUGCUGUAGACAAAGCCAGCCUCUUUAAUUUAGGAUAAAUCAGCUAUUGGUCACAUUUUAAGAUCUCCCUCUGAACCACUGCCAUUACAUAUGUAAGACCUUCAUCACAGUGAUCUAAUGUCAAAAUUCCUGCUUAUCUUUCUCUUUGUAGUGGUGUGUGCUGAGGGCUCACAGAAGGCUCCAGCCCUCAGUGUCUCUCAUACCUUUUUGCAUCUCCACUUGAGGACUGUUUGUCCAGGUUCAGUGCUUUUAAGUCCUUUUUGGACUAAGAAUAGGUGAUAAGGUGAUAAUUCUCUCCCAAGUUUUGUUUAUUUGUUUAAAAAAACCAACAACCCCAAUACAAUAACCAGGCAAUUUCAUACUGUCCUGCAGUGAGUGUCUCCCAUCUUUGCAGCAAUUCCAAACGAAAUUUGUAGGAUUUUCAGUUACAUCUAGGUAACGUUAUUUUCCACUUACUCUUCAUUUGAAUCUACAGCACAGCUAUGAUCUGGCAGCAAUCUUCUCUCCUAGAGGAAACAGAGAUUGAGAAAUGAAAUGUGAAAAUUCCAUGAAUCACAAUAGUUGAGCCACCUGAACAUGGAUUGUUUUCUUCCAUUACAGUCCUACUGCCUUGUAGUCCCUCUGCUAUAAGCUUAUUUUCACAGGGAGAGUUUGCUCCUCAAGCUUUCCUUUCACACGUGCACACAGUAUGGCUUACAGAAGGGAACUGUAAACAGGAGAAAAAAAGUUGCAGUAAGCAACUCUUUUUAGCCUUAAGUAUAAUGAACUCAUGCUGUCUAUGCAGGCCUGCUAUGUAAAUACAUACAUGAGUACAUAGCUGCAGAGAACAGCACUGAUUGAAGCAGCUGAAGAACACAUUGAUUUAAUACUACAAUAUUUUAAUAUUGAACUAUUAAUAUAAUAUUAGAUUAAUAAUUACUUGAUAAAUUAUUAAUUAUUAUUAAAUUAUUAUAUUUAAUGAUUAUGUUUAAAGGCAGAGUAAGACAGCAAAGGAAGCAAAACAUGAAAAUUCAGAUGCAAGAUGUUGGUACUUCAGAUCUGGGGAAGUAAUACCACUGAAAGUGUUAACCAUAGUAGUGUCUCUACUGCCAAGGAAAGGCAAUGAGAACUUCAGGAGAAGACAGUAUGCAGAGGGAGGCUUGCAGAAUCUGUUAGAGAUAGAGAUUUUGACACAGCAAAGUUAUUUCAGUUCUCUCUACUGAACAGAGUGGCAGUGUGCAGGCUACUUCUGCUCCUGUUUACAAUAAGGAGCAGUACUCAUGUUUCUGGGAAAGAACAGAAAAGCGCCCUGAACCCAGAAUAAAGCCAGUGUGACAAAACCCAACUACUCUGAUUGCAUGCACUAUUUCUUUUAUCACGCAUUUACACAAGCAUUGAGCAGUUAAAGGCCUGCAGGUCUUGCAGGUAUACCCUGGAUGAAUAAACAGCCUUGUUUUUCGGGCAGUCACAAAGAGCACACACAGAAUCCUGUUGGGAUGUCUCCAAACGUGGGGAUUCUGUACAUCUCAGGCUCUCAAGUGUACAAGUUCCCUUUCGGUGAGCAGCACAGAACCUUCACGAUGAAGAGCCCAAGGCCUUGGACAAAUGCUCUUAUCCACAUAAACAUCCAAACAAGGUUACAUUCAUUAUGCAUUUUUGUUCUUUUCUGCACGAGAACAAACAAACAGUGAUGACUUCAGAGUUCUCAGUCCUCCAUUCCUGGCUAAAUCCUUACUUUUCAUCUCUAAACCCUUCACCUUUCUGUCGAGUACAGCUUGGCACCUUUGUACAACUCCUGUGUUCACAGUGUGGUGUAACUGUAUUUCCUGGUAGAUGAAGCCAUUUACUCAUACAGACAAAUGCACGUGCUGUUAAGUACAGGACAUGAAUUCGUUGAUAAAGCAGCUGUGAGGAGCACGUACACACAGUCCUAUACGAGGAAGCUCUGUACUCUAUGCUCACAGAGACAGAUAUUCCACUGACUGCUCUGAGGAUUCUCCACAAACAUUCCUUAACCCACCUCCAUGACAUCACAGCUUUAUUACCCCCUUUUCUCUUUUUCCCACCCCAGAUCUUCUGCAGCAAUUCAUAGGACAAAAGAAAUUGCUGUCUCAUUGAAUGGCUCCAUAUCUUGAGUCCCAGCCCCAAUCUGACAGGCUGAGAAGACAAAGGCUCCCUUUCCCUUCGGCCACUACUAAGAAAACACCUCUUUCAGAAAACGUCAUUUUCAAAGAAGUCUCAUUUCAGUGAUAGCAGAGCUCUGCACCUCGUGUUAAAGUAUUAAAUCCUGCCGCAGCAUCGCUGGAGUUGGAUUAUACUGACAUCUAGAGUUAGCAAAGGAACAGUACUGCGCUGGCUAGGUAAGGACGUGCAGAUGCCUGAUGAGACAUCUCAGUAUAUCAGACAUCCCUGUGUUUAUUACCUUUAUUUGCAGAACAUCUUUGUGAUUGUUAGUGCACAAAAUACGUAAGUUCUUUGUACUAGUUUCCUCUGGAUUCACAAUCCUGUGCCUGUUUCACAGUUAACUGUGGGUCAAACUGGUUUUCAUAGCCAGCCUAAAAUUUCUCACUGGGUACCCAAUGAAAAUCUGCAAAUGCACAAGCUAAAGAGGAUUAAUGGUUCAUUUAGAAAAGCCUGAGAGCAGUGUGAUCUCUAACAUGGUGAAAAUAGUAAUAUUGCUUCACAUACCUGUCCUAUAUCUGUGGCUGGAUUCAGUCUGGUGCCAGAAUCCAUAACAAUGCAUGAAUGUACUGAGAGACAGAAAUAAAGAAUAAAUCUGCACAGCUGA